GUAUCAGAAGGUAAGCUGUAGAACACCAUGUGUGCUUUUUUAAAUUAUUUAUUAUGUAUGAAAGUAAUGAAACUUUAUUUAAAAUUUUAUGUUGCCAAUUCGUUGCAAGGGAUAAUGGAGAUUAUUCUAUGUAUCAAAACAAUCCAGAUAAGCUUGUAGAGUGGUCAUUAGUUGAAGAAAUAGUAUGUGCAGAUUUUCUGUGAGAUAGUCUGUCACAUUGGGAAAACGUUUAACAUGUCAUGAUGCCAUCUUGCCCAAUUUGUCUUCACAUUUCAACUGCUGCAAAGAUGUGUGGACAUGUUUAUUGCUCUCCCGGCAUUCUACAUUAUUCGGCUUUAACUGAUAAAUCUUGGCAAAAAUGUCCUAUUUGUUUUGAAGCAGUGCAGAAAAUUGAUUUAAAAGGAAUGUUCUAGGUGAUUCCAGAAAUUACUUAUGGCUGGUCAGAAGGAAGUCUUUUCUGUCAUUGAAAGAGAGAGAGCUGCUUAUGAAAUGGACACUCCAGUGGCUUGCUUUAUGGAAUCUGCCUUUACUCUACUUCAUGAAAGGGAUAUUGCUUUAAACCAGAAUGUAGAUCAACUUAAGGAGCUCAUUUAUAGAAGCAAUGGUAAUGUACCAGAGAGAAAACAUCUUAUUUCAACAAGUUCAACUGAGUCUUAUGAAGAAUUACAUGAAACUGAAGAUGGGCAACACAUUUGUAUUCACAACAUAAAUGUAAAGAUGUUGUUAAAAGAAUAUGGCUCCUUGGAAUUUGCUCCUGAGACAAUUACAACUAAACUUGUUGAAGUUGAAAGAGUCGCCAUGACUGAAGUAAGUAAUCCGCUUGUUUUAAACUUCCUUCUUCUAAAGCUUUUUCGCUGAAUAAAAUUUUACACCAUAUUUCAUGCAUUCAUACGGGUUCUUCGGAAAAGGUUGAGAUAUCUUUAACAUUUGCUGUUAACCUGCAAAUUCCAUAUUGCAGAAUUCAAUUUUUCUUCUGUCGUCUCAAAAGAGACUAUGUCU